UCUCCGAAGUUGCCGCUGCCACACCGUUGACCGGAGCUGCAGGUCCGGCUUCGAGUUCGCCACGGCCCGCCGAGACACAGCAAAGUGGGACCGGGCGUCGGACGGCUCCAAGACUUCUAUGACGAUUUUGUUGCGUCAAUCUUUCCGACGUCACUAGCCGGUCACCCAAUAUCCGAAUUACAAACCAUCAACUUCUCGUGUGAUAUCUGAAUGCACGUUGUAUAAGAUUCAAAGAAAAAGACCGUCGCUCUCAUCAAUUAGACCUAAACUUAUAGACAAGAUACCCCUGAUCAUCAACCGAAGAACGCUACGCUAGAUACAUACCUCAAGUACCUUGGAGAAGAGAAGAGAAACAGAAGCUCUUCAGAGAAUAAUAGAAGAGAGAAAAGACUCACAAACCAGCUACCAUGAGUUCACAAAGCUCAGUUUUCCAGCUAAGCGGCACAUGCAACAACUACGACUGGGGCAAAAAGGGUCGCGACUCGCUCGCCGCACGCCUCUGCGAAAAUACCCCAAGCGGCUUCACAAUCAACGACAAUGAGGCCUACUCAGAAAUGUGGUUCGGCGACUACCCCGACUUUCCCGCACGCGUCCUCGAGACAGGCGAGCUGCUCAAGGACGUCCUAGACAAGAACAAGGAACAGCUCCUCGGCAAAAAAGUCAUCACCGAGCUCGACGGCCAGCUCCCCUACCUCCCCAAGAUCCUCUCCAUUGCAAAAGCCCUACCCCUCCAGAUCCACCCAAACAAGUCUCUCGCAAGCAAGCUCCAUGAGCAGGACCCCGAGAACUUCACCGACGCCAAUCACAAGCCCGAGAUUGCUGUAGCACUGGGUCCGUUUGAGGUUUUUGCCGGGUUCAAGCCUUUGGACCAGAUCUCGCCCGUGUUCAACAUCCCUGCCUUGCGCGACCUGAUCCCCGAUGAGACGACUAGAUGGACCGACGAGACUCUGCGGGAGGUUACGCGGCGCAUUCUGCUCGCCGAUGAAGACACUGUCGAAAAGGCCUCAAAGGCUCUCGGCGGCACCCCGCGCGAGGAGCUGGGCGGGAACGGCUAUGUGCUGGAUCUUCUGCCGCGUCUGCAGGGCCAGUUUGGUAAAGGCGACAACGGCAUUCUAGUUGCGCUGCUGUGUAUGAAUUUCUUGUCGCUGGAAGCUGGCGAUGCAUUGUAUAUCCCUGCCGACGGCAUUCAUGCUUAUCUGUCUGGGGACAUUGUGGAGUGCAUGGCUCGUUCGAACAACGUCCUCAAUACGGGCUUCUGUCCGCCCGGUGACAGGAACAACAUUGAUUUGUUCAGCAAGACGUUGACUUUCAAGGCGCAUAGCAAGAACGACGUGCUUUUGCCUGCGGAGAAGAGCUCUCGCGGCGCACAAGGACGUACGGUUGUGUAUCCGCCGCCGUUGAGCGAGUUUGACAUGUUGAAGACGGAUCUGGACGAGGGUAGCAAGACGGAAGUUCUGAAGGCGGGCGAAGGACCCUCGGUUGCUAUCGUCACCGACGGUGAGGGAGUUCUGGAGGCGGACGGGAAGAAAUUUGACGUUAAGGCUGGUCAUAUUUACUUUGUUGCUCCCGGCAUCGAGGCCAAGUGGGAAACCGAGGGGAAGAUGCAGGUCUUUACAACUGUGGUUUGAUCGACCUGGCGGUCAGACAUUCGAUAGAGAAUGCGCAGAAGAUUUUAAAUAUUUAGAUUAUUAGAAAUGCGACCUGAUGAGGCAAUGGUCUGGGUUCUCCUCAUCCUGUAUGUCAGGUAUUUUGAAACAAUGGUUGCGCGGUUACAGCGAUAG